GAAGUAUUGAAAUAGUUGUUCUACAAUUGGUUAGGGCGGUACAUGUUCUGGUUCAAGAAUUUACUCUGUCCAGGAAGAAGAGUUCUGUCGGUUACAAAUCGAAAUCUGUUUAUUCAGUUUUCUCCAUUGUGUGGAAGCUUCAAUCGACAAUCCGGAAACUCAUGGGUUUGCAGAGUUGUUGGCAGGUUGUCACAAAAGGACAAAGUGCUCUUAUAUCAAGAAUUAUCUAAGUUCAUCAACGAAAAGCCGGAUUCUUCCUUAAAUGCACAAGAAGCCCAGGUAGAACCUUUGACAUAUGGACAGCUUAGACUUGUUUUUAUAGGUAACUGUCUCCCUUUCAUAGGAUUUGGCUUCUUGGAUAAUGCAAUCAUGAUAGUGGCUGGGGAGUAUAUUGAUGUUCAGUUUGCAACACUUUUGGGCAUUUCGACUAUGGCUGCUGCCGGUCUAGGUAAUCUUGUUUCUGAUCUUUUUGGAAUAGGGAGCCAACACAAACUAAUCUUGAAGCGACAUUUCACAUUUGCAAGUAGAGGAAUCACAUCCCAAACAUUCUUGCGUUGUUGCUGAAGGAGGUCAGAAAACUACGUUUUGUCAGCAUCUUCACCAGACAACUACAUCAUCUCCAUGUUCUAACUCAGUAAGUGAAUGUCCUGGUAGUUGAUCAAGCUGUGAAGAGUCAGACGACAAGUGCCAUUUUCAAAAGUAUGUCCAUGACAAAGUUAAACAAAAAUGGGAAAGCGGACUGCCUUGGCGAAUACCACUUGUAGUAAUCAGUUCAGAUAAAAGUUCAUCAUAAGCUCUCACUUGAUCAAUAAUGUUCGAGUAGAGAGCCUGUACAAGGUUAGUGUACUUCUUUGGUACGUCCAGUUCGCAGCUUCUUGCCAAGAUCUAAGCGCUAACUAAAUGAUAUCUGAAUUGAAUUUUAAUGAUUUUGUAGUGAUUUUUACAAUAACCUGUUUAUGUAGUAUAUUUUAAAAGUAUGAGUAUACCGUAGUCCUUUUGUGAUGUCACCACAGUUAGCCUUUUCCUCUAUAGAUAUAGCAACAAAAUGACCAGUAUGUAUAGAAUUAUUUUGUUACUCAUGGGUCUACUUUAGGCAAUUAAUUAAAUAAAAUUUCAAUAAAAGAGAAAAAUGUCUACACCAUUAUAACAGGCUUGUCGGCUACGUUGAGAAGUUCAUAGAAAAAAUUGGAAUUUCUGUUCCUCCAUUAUCUGCGUCUCAACUUACAAGCAGCUCAGUUCGCUGGUCUGUAGCGAUGGGACGAAUAAUCGGCAUUACUAUUGGAUGUCUCCUCGGUUUAUCGCCCCUUGUUUGGUUCAGUCGGUGAAAGCUAAAACAAAAAAUUAGCCAAGCAAUCACUCCAACUUUUUGGAUUCUUUAUCCCUAAUAUAAUAGCAAUGUUUUAAAUUAACUAAGUUUAUUCUGACUUUACCACUUUCAUUGACUUUCCCUCUUCAUCAGCAUAAAUCCAUAGUUCCUUAUGAGUUGUAACAAUUAAUUCCUAACUUCAGUGCAAAAGUUUUGCAGAACUGUAUUUUAUUAUUGAUCAGCUGUUUAAAAUCGUAUUCAAACUCUGCGAAGCGAUGUUUUGUUCAAAGAUCAACAUAAUAUUUAACAUCUAAUUCCUAAUUACUUUUGGUUGCAUUACAUAGACCAGUUUUUUUACCUACAUGUAUUGUAAAAGCCUUUGAAAACACUUAGCGCCAAUUAUAAUUGUACCUUGCAUAUGGUUAAACAUUAUUUUCUACAUUAAUAAGGUUGCAUAGUAAACGUUCUAAGAAUCCUUUAUUCUCAGUUGGUAAUUUAUUACUUCAUUUUUUAUUCUCAUGCCUACAUUUAAACGAAUAUGUUUUUAUUAAUUUUCUAUUGCUGAAAAAUAUGUUCUUUCAUAAGUCGGGUUUUUUCACGUACCUACCAAGAAAACACUCAGCUUAUUCAUGUACAGUAAUCAAGAAGUUAAAUCCUCAACGAUUGCCAUUUAAAAUGAUAGAUGCUGAUGUAGUGAAUUUAAAUUUUUAAACUCCAUGUUUUAUAGAUACUAUAAAACUUUUCGUAAUGACUAGCCAAUAAAGUGAC